AUGCACAAGCGCACAAAGAUAAAGAUUGCAAUCUUCGUGCUACUAGUGGGUAUGGCCUGCAUGUUCACCGCGGUGGUAACAGACCACUGGGCCGUGCUCAGCCCGCGGGUGGAUAAAGUCAAUGAGACCUGUGAGGCGGCCCACUUCGGCCUGUGGAGGCUGUGCAAGAAGCAGAUCUACAUCAGCUCGGAACACUACAUGAAGGGGCAUGGCUGCGGCCCCAUCAGCCUGCCUGGAGAGGAAAACUGCACUUACUUCAGACACUUCACUCCGGGGCUGGAUACCGAGAUAUUUGAAUACAAAACACAAAGAGAGUACAACAUCUCGGCCGCAGCCAUCUCCAUCUUCAGUCUAGCCUUCAUGAUCCUGGGGUCUCUGUGCUUGGUCGGAUCCUGUACCGGUAAAGGCAAAGGAAGAGACUACCUCCUCAAACCUGCGGGCAUGUUUUUUGCAUUUGCAGGUAUCUGUGCCUUCAUCUCACUGGAAGUGAUGCGCCAGUCGGUCAAACGCAUGAUCGAGAGCGAGGAAACCAUCUGGAUCGAGUACUACUACGCCUGGUCCUUCGCUUGUGCCUGCACCGGCUUCAUCCUCCUCUUCCUCACUGGCAUCGCCCUCCUGCUCCUCUCCAUGCCCCAGAUGCCCAGGAAUCCAUGGGAGACUUGCAUGGACGCCGAGCCGGAUCAAGUGGAGUGA